ACUCAUAUCUAGCUAGCUAACAAAUAACCAUGGAUUCUGUUCCAAACUACCAGCAAUAUCUUUUCACCACCACCAUAGUACUGCUCUGCAUUCUAUUCUUCAAUUCCUUGAUAACAAAAAUCAAUAGAAAAAAAUCUAGUCGUAAUAGGGCACCUGAACCGAAGGGUGCAUGGCCUAUAAUUGGUCACCUCCCUCUUUUAAGAGGAGCAGACCUUCCUCACGUGGCAGUGGGUAACUUGGCCGACAAGUAUGGACCAAUCUUUUCCUUCCGAAUCGGUUUGAAACCAGCAAUUGUUGUAAGUUCUAUGGAGGUAGCGAGGGAAAUUUACGGCCACAACGAUAGGGUAUGGUCCUCAAGACCAACUCGAAUAGCUAUGAAGCACAUGGGUUACGGCACCGCAAUGUAUGCGUUCUCACCUUACGGACAUUAUUGGCGGGAACUUCGGAAAAUGGUGAAGCAAGAAUUUCUUUCUAACAGUAGGUUAGAGUUGAUAAAGCAUGUGUGGGACUCUGAGGUUAACAUAUCCACUAAUGAACUUUACAAGAACGUUGUAUCUGGUGGCAGUGCAGGGGGUUUGGUGGAUAUGAAGAAAUGGUUUGAGGUUUUCACGUUGAAUACGUCUGUUAGGGUGAUUGCAGGUAAGCGAUAUUUCGGUAGUACUUGCGGUCCUUCUGAUCAAUUAGGAGGGGAAAAUGCAGUUAGCAAGAGGUAUCAGAAAGCGCUGAAAGAAUUUUUUAGGUUGAUGGCUGUGUUUGUACCAUCGGACACCAUACCAUUUCUCCAAGGAUGGAUAGAUUUUGGUGGUUAUGAAAGGGAGAUGAAGAAAACAGGAAAAGAUCUCGAUUGUAUAGUAAGCGAAUGGUUAGAAGAACAUAAAAUGAAGAGGAAACAGAGAAUAAGCGUAUCAUCAGGAGAUAAUUAUCAAGAGAAGAAAGAAGCAGCGCAUGACUUCAUGGACGUGAUGCUGUCUGUCUUUGAAAGGGACUCGAUGAAGGUCACAGAAGACAAUUUCGAUGCUGAUACAAUAACGAAAGCUACUUGUCUGCAACUGAUCCUUGCUGGUAGUGACUCGACCAUGGUUACCUUACUAUGGGCUUUAUCUUUAGUAGUAAACCAUCCACAUAUGCUAAAGAAGGCUCAUGAUGAGAUGGACAUCCACGUUGGCAAAGAAAGACAAGUGAACGACUCUGACAUCAAGAACCUCGUAUACCUCCAAGCCAUAGUAAAGGAAACGAUGCGUUUAUACCCAGCUGCGCCUCUAUCGACUAGAAAAUCCAUUGAAGACUCUACAAUCGCUGGCUACCACAUCCCGUCGGGGACUCAACUAGUGUUGAAUAUCUCGAAGAUUCAACGUGAUCCACGGGUUUGGAGCAACCCAUCAGAGUUCAAACCAGAGAGAUUUUGCGUGGGUGGUGAACAUGUAGACGUGGACGUUAGAGGUCAGAAUUUUGAACUUAUGCCGUUUGGGGUGGGUCGAAGAUCCUGCCCUGGUUCAUCACUCGCUCUGCAGGUGGUGCACUUGGCAUUAGCUCGUUUGAUACAUGGGUUCGAGUUCAAAACACCAACUGGAGGACCAACUGAUAUGACUGAGAGCAUUGGAUUAACCAACGUAAAAGCCACUCCACUCGAUGUAAUGGUCACCCCUCGCCUCCCUUCUGAACUUUAUACUUGUUAAAGUUACUUCCCUAAUUUUUAUUUUUUUAAACACCUCCCAAUAAUUGUAGAGAGCAUAGACAUUCUUUGCCGUAUAUAAUGUCCCAAUAAUUGUAGAGAGGAUAGACAUU